AUGUGCAUGCUGCUAUCGUCAAUGAUGUCUGGAACUGAGCCACAUACCGACAGAGAGGAGGACUACAGGUUUCUCCACAGCAUGCUGAUGGAGAAGAAGCUUCACUUGCUCUUCAAGAUUCACGAGCAACUGAAGCGUUUUGAGAAGCGAAGCCCCGUCCCCAUCCAGGAGCACGCGGCGAAUCUGGCCUCAAGUUUGGCAGAGGAGCUCAUAUACCAGGGUUGGAGAGAGGAAGUCAAAGAGCUGCUUGCCCUCAUUUCCAAACCCCACUUUCAGGGAGCAACAAUAAAGAGGGAUACAUCCACCGGGGCUAUUGUUGUGGCGAGGAUCAUGAGAGGAGGCGCAGCUGACAAAAGCGGCCUCAUCCAUGAAGGCGAUGAGCUGAGAGAGGUAAAUGGAGUCUCACUAGAGCACAGGAAGCCAAAGGAAAUCCUUCCUCUGCUGGCUCGCUCUAAGGAUGAAGUCAGAUUCAAAAUUAUUCCUGCAUACUCCAGGGAAGAAAUGUCAACAACUAAGCAAAAGCUGUUUGUGCGAGCUCUGUUUGACUAUGAUCCCAAUCAAGAUCCUAGCAUUCCAUGCAAGGACGCUGCACUCACCUUUAAAAGGGGUGACGUCCUCCAGAUUGUUAGCAUGGAGGAUGACACCUGGUGGCAGGCCUGUCACCUCGAGGACAGCAACAGUGGAGCUGGGCUCAUCCCCUCGAAGGAGCUGCAUGAAAGAAGAGUCGCUCUACAGCGACCCAAAGCUCUGUUCCAGCCUCAAAGAGUCAAGCCACCAGCUGGAUUAAGAAGGAGUUUCCGACUCGGUAGAAAGAGCAGCUGGGCCAAAGAAGCUGCUCGGUUCAGGAGAUGGAGCGCCGGGGUACACAGCUCAAUAUGUCCACCUACCUACAUAGAGGUAAUCCCCUACCACAGGGAGCCAAAGGACAGACAUCGAGUGGUCAUCCUGGUUGGGCCCAGCGGCGUUGGCGUUAAUGAACUGAAGAGGAGGCUGCUGAUCUCCGACCCCGACCGCUAUGGCGUCACCGUACCCCACACCACACGGGAGAAGAAAAGGCAGGAAAGCGAAGGUGUGGAUUAUCAUUUUGUGUCAGUCCACAUGUUUGAAGAGCUCAUUCUGAGUCACAGGUUUAUCGAGUAUGGGAGUUACAGAGGUCACUACUAUGGAACAAGUCUAGACUCUGUGCACAGAGUGAUGGCAGAGGGCAAGGUCUGCCUCCUGGAUGUUCACCCCAGUAAAAUAAAGCGUGUGUACACGUCUGAAUUUAAACCAUACGUGGUGUUUGUCAAGCCACCACGCAUAGAGGAGCUACGCCUCACCAGACGGAGAGCUAAAUUUGUCUGCGAUCAAGAGGAUACUAACCAAGUCAGGAUCUUUUCAGAGGCGGAUUUUCAGGACAUGAUUGACUUGGCUGAAAACAUGGAGCGCCAGUACGGUCACCUGUUUGACAAGGUGAUUGUUAAUGGCGAUAUCGCCUCUGCGUUCAGAGAGCUGAGGUCAGACCUCGAGAAGAUUCAGGAGGCACGGGUCCAACGUAGUCGAUCGGGCUGCAGCACUUUGCCUCACAGACCCCUCCACAGAAGCGAUUGGACGCAAGGGACACUUUUAUUUUUAACCUAUUCCUUUUUACACCAAGUCUACCAAGAAUGGGAAUCUACUGCCUUUCUUUACAUCUGGGAGUUUACUGAUGCACCUGUUGAUUGAGGAAGCUCGGCGCGUUUAAGAAUGAACAAAGUUGCUGUGAUGAAGUCUGAGCUUCACUUGGACGACGACAGGAGAGCAGAGGAGAGGAACAGACUGAACUGUGCAAACGUACCUCAGACAAGUUUAGCAGAAGGACAGAGCGCGGACCUGCUGCGAUGCCAAGAGUCCGCAGAACACAACUCUGCCAUGAAGUACAGAAGAUAUGGGUCCCGUCUGACUGGCGUAAAAGUUCGUCACAAAAGACAGGUGUUGCAGGACAUGGCCCGGCCCCUGAAACACUGGUUAUACAAACACCGGGACAACCCCUACCCCACUAAAACCGAGAAGGUCCUACUGGCUUUGGGCUCGCACAUGACACUAGUACAGGUUUCCAACUGGUUUGCAAACGCCCGACGAAGGCUGAAGAACACAGUGAGGCAGCCAGACCUGAGCUGGGCCCUGAGGAUCAAACUAUACAAUAAAUAUAUCCAGGGAAACGCGGAGAGGCUGAGCAUGUGCAGUGAUGACACUGACUCAGAGGAUGAAGAAUGUCCCUUACAGACUCCCAUCAGCCAGUCAAACUUCCGCAGGUCAUCAUCCCACAAGAGCGUGCUGGAGAAACAAGGCAACAUGCUCACCAUGGCUGACUGCGCCAACAGUGACGACAGCACGUCCCCUCCUUCCAAGUACAAGAGCAGCUUACUGAAUCGCUACCUGAACGACACCCUGCGGCACAUGAUGGUGGCAAAGGCCGAUGGUGUUGCGCCAGCCUGCAAGAGAAGAAGCCACUCCGAGUCGUUCAGUUCAAACGAAUGUGAUGGAGAUGUCGUCUCGCCGGCAUCGUCCUAUGAAACAGAGACCAACUUUGUCUACCACAUGGAUACAAGCGACUACAAUUCAACUAAAUGUGACAGAGACCAGCAGCCACUCAGAGGCCAGCAGAGACAACAUGACCAAGGCUGGAGGGAAAUCCACGCUGCUGUGGCUCUGACAAGCUUGGCCCAGGGGCAGAGCUGCACUGCAGACCAGAGCAGUGCUCCAGUGUCCAGCGCUGCCACAGGGCAGAGCUACACCCGAGGGCCUCUCUCUGUAGCAAAGACCACUAUCACAGACGGGAUGAGCAACACAGGAUCUGCCUCAGGUCUACAGCAGAGCUGUGCCACCAGGCCCGCUCUCACCAACCGCAUCAUCCAGAAAUCCUCUCAUAUCUCUGAGGUCCAGACUGUCAAAGUCUCACUGGCAAACAGUGUGUAGGCAUUAAA